AUGAAAUAUUCAAUCAAGAUUGCAAGAUUCGAACUGCUUGUUUCGAAAGAUGUUCCUGCGACUGAAACGUUUGAAUCCUUCCGCUUGCUAUGUCUUUUUGGAGGAGCUCCCGAUGAAGCUGGCAUAAGGCCUCGUUGCUGGAAGUUAUUACUGAAUUACCUGCCAUUUGAAGACCGUGCCUCAUGGGACCAAAUCCUCAAGACGAAACGAACAGUAUACUAUGAUUUCGUACGAGAACUCGCUGCCAACAACUCGCAUGAAGAACCAGCUAAAGAUCAUCCUUUAAAAACUGGUGGCAAAUGGCAGGCUUGGUUUGAUGAAGGCAAGGUGCUGGAUCAGAUAGAUAAAGAUGUUAGGAGGACGUUGCCGGAUAUGGGUUUCUUUCAGAGACAAGUUCCACCAUCAAUUUACUCACCACUUACUUGUGGUCCAACUCAACAACCGGACGAAGGAGCAUACGAAGGAAUACCAAACCGACGAAACCUGUUCAAGAGAUUAGCAUCAACCAGAGAUGAUGUGGAAUUUGGUGCAAGAACGAGAAAGAAUGUUACCAACAUGAAUGGAGAUGUCGAGGAAAGUGAUGAGCCUGAAUAUGAUCUUCAUUGGGAGGCAAUUGAGAGGCUACUCUUCAUAUUCGCAAGACUGAACUCUGGAAUUGGUUACAUCCAGGGCAUGAACGAACUCCUCGGCCCAAUCUACUUUGUCCUCGCAUCGGAUUCAGAUCUAGCUAUGUCAUCACACGCAGAAGCAGAUUCAUUCUACCUGUUUAGUACACUUAUGGAAGAGUUUAGAGACCACUACAAUCGCUCGUUAGAUAACAUUAAACCAACACCAUCUCGGUCUUCGUCUGCUACUCCAUCGACGACUUCUGCUUCGUCAAGAAAGACUGUCGCCGCGACAGAGUCAGUUGAUUCGUCAUCGAUACCGGGCAAUAAUGGUAUUGGAGCAUCAAUGGAACGGUUGAUGAAGAAACUUGAGGAGGUUGAUUCGGAGUUGUAUGAUAAUUUGCAAGACAAAUCAAUCCACGCAGCCUUCUUCGGAUUCCGCUGGCUCGCUGUGCUUCUCACACAAGAAUUCGAGCUGCCUGACGUGAUACGGCUGUGGGAUUCUUUAUUUGCUGAUAUCGCAUUGGACAUUCGAGCACAGCAACCGCACAACGGACUUAAAAGGAAGAAAUUUGAAUUCUUGAUUACGUUUUGUUGUAGUAUGUUGAUAUGUAUAAGAGACCAACUCCUCCAAUCCGAAUUCCCACAAACCGUAAAACUAUUACAAUCAUACCCGAUACGAGACGUUGAGGUCGUGUUACGGCAAGCAUAUGCUCUAACACCCAACUCAAUGCCUCCUGGGUCUCCAGAAGCACCGAUGUCCCCCGUAUCAGAUGCCACAAGUGUAGAUGUAGAUCCUCUUAGGCUGUCUAGGACUCCAUCGCCAAUAAGGCGGUUUAGUGAACAGAUUGGGAAUUUCUUUGUUACGUCUUGGAAUAGUAGUGUUAACGGAAGUGUGGGUGCUAUGCCUGUACAAUCUAGUGGUCCCGAUAACGGUAUCGUAAACAUUAACGGUAGUAGCACAUCACCUCCUAAAGCCCAUGAAGAACCAAUAGUGUCUGUAGCAAACCCAUCACCGAAACGGUCUUGGGCUUCGUUAUUGGCUCGACCUGAUAACAUUAAAUCCAAACCCAGCACUGCUGCCAGUAGUAGUGUAAAAGUCGACGCAGGUCACGCUGAACAAAGUAAUGGGACGACAGAAGAAAUAAAAUCAUCAACAACAUCAACAACCCCAGAUUCAGCAACAUCUGAACAACGAGCGUUAUCAUCACCACGUAUUCAAUCUAUCGCAUCAUGGUUUCCGAGAAUGAGCAUAUCUGGUACAUCCCCAACAAAGACUGCUGACAAACCAAGGAGUUUAGUAGAGAUCGUCAAAACUACAGAGGAUGUGGUGUUGUUUGAUUCAGACAAUUAG